ACCUGCGGCUGGGUAGGUCUCUGUAGCCGAGGUCGGAUCCAGAGAAGCUAGAGGCUGUCGGACUUGGGGAUGUCGGUGAGCUGUGGUAGCCAAGACGCUCUUCACUCUAGAAUCCUAAAACCUCCCGGGGCCAUUCUAGAACCUGGGACGGCCCUCGGGUAGCCACGGACCCUUCCCGUACAGAACCGUGGGGCUGUGGACAGGUGCAGAGCCCCGCCUCGCCGGGAACGUCGGCGACCCCGGGACCCGCUUGCGUGCUGCACCCCCGUGGCCGUCUCCGCGGGCCCCGCAGGGGAGGUGCGCGCUGGCUGGCACCAUGAUCGUUGCCGACGCGGAGAACUGCGCCGGAAUCCAGGGCUACAUCCCCUACGCCCAGUGCGGCGGCGCCGGGGCCGCCGAGGAACAGAAGGUAGUCCCCACUCGCAAGCUCCCCCGGGGCCCUAGUGCCUUCAUGCCAGUGGAGGAGAUCCUACAGCAGCGGCCAGAGGCCAUUGAGCAUCAGCUGGGUCUGGAGGUUUCAGCCUUUGGACGCCCAGACAAUGUCAUGCUGGUGAUGGGCCUGCACCCUGACUACCUCAACAGCUUCUGGAAGAUGCAGGGCCUGCUGUUGCGGGUGGAUGGACCCCUGCCCUGCCCCUGGAGGCACUACAUUGCCAUCAUGGCCUCUGCUAGGCACCAGUGCUCCUACCUGAUCAGCUUCCACAUGGCUGAGUUCUUGCAAGCAGGUGGAGACCCCGAGUGGCUCCUUGGUAUCCACCGAGUCCCCCAGAAACUCCGCAACCUCAAUGAGAUCAACAAGCUGCUGGCCCAUCGGCCCUGGCUCGUCACCAAGGAGCACAUUGAGGCUCUUCUGACCACCGGUGAACACAGCUGGUCUCUGGCUGAGCUCAUCCAGGCAGUCGUCUUGCUCACCCAUUAUCACUCCUUGGCAUCCUUUGUUUUUGGCUGUGGCAUCCUCCCUGAAGGGGAUCCAGAAGGCAACCCUGUCCUCCCGGUGCCCUCACCACCCAGUGGGCAGAACAGUCCUCCCAACGGAGACGCCCUUGGCACUUGUGGGGGCUUUGAUGCUGUUCGGGAAGUAGAGGCCUUGAUGGAGCGAAUGAAGGUCCUACAGGAAUGCCAGCUCCAGGAAGAGGCUGCAUCUCAGGAGGAGAUGGAGAGCCGCUUUGAGCUGGAGAAGUCUGAGAGCUUGCUGGUGGCCCCAACAAGUGACAUCCUAGAACUUACUCCAUCCCCCGAUGUCCUGUGUUUUGUGGAAGAUCCCACUUUUGGGUAUGAGGACUUCACUCGGCGAGGCACCCAGGCCCCUCCAACCUUCCGAGCCCAGGACUACACCUGGGAAGACCACGGCUACUCGCUGAUCCAGCGGCUCUACCCAGAGGUGGGGCAGCUGCUGGAUGAGAAAUUCCAGGUGGUGUACACCCUGACCUACAAUACCAUCGCCAUGCACAGCGGCGUGGACACCUCUAUGCUCCGCAGGGCCAUCUGGAACUACAUCCAUUGCGUCUUUGGCAUUAGGUAUGAUGACUAUGAUUAUGGGGAAGUGAACCAGCUCUUGGAGAGGAACCUCAAGGUCUACAUCAAAACUGUGGCCUGUUACCCAGAGAAGACAACCAAGAGGAUGUACAAUCACUUUUGGAGGCACUUCCGGCACUCUGAGAAGGUGCACGUGAACCUGCUGCUGCUAGAGGCCCGGAUGCAAGCAGCCCUCCUCUACGCCCUCCGCGCCAUUACCCGCUACAUGACCUGAUGGCGGACACCGUGGCCCUCCCAGCUCCAGACUGGACACUACUUUGGCUGGGGGUCAGCUUCCUUUCUGGUUGUCUUUUCUGACCUACAGACUAUUGGUCUCUUCCCAUAUCACAUUCCCUCUCCAUCUCACUGGCCACAGGCUAGUCUUGUCUGUGAAACCUUGGAAAUCAAGUGCCUCUGGGCCUCCCACUCUUCUCCAUCCCUUUUCCCCUUCCCAGUUGGAACCAAAAGCACCUCUCUGUCUGCUCUGGGCCCCCAGCCUGGCUGCUGAGAGGGGCAGGGACCUCCCAGGGCAUGCUCUCUCAUCCUUGCUUCACACCUUUCACCUUGGAAACGCAACCUUCUCCAUCACCAAGGUCAGGAGGAGAAGUCACUUCAAAGGGGACUGUUCUAAGCCACUGGAAGGCGGCAUGUACUGGGUUCAGUAGGCUGCAGCUCCUGCAUGAAGAGGAAACAUCACAGUCUGGGGUAGCACCUGCGCUAAACUGGGCUGACACUCCGUGGGGUUGGGGAAGCAGGGGCACUGCCAAGGCCCCUGCCCCCUAAGCCUAUUCUUCUAGCCCUGAUAGCCCAAGGAGCCUGGGCAGUCAGAGAUUAUCUGAGAGUCCCUGGAUCUGCUUUCAUGAUUCUUGUCCCCCCAGUCUUGUUUCUCUUCUCCCACUGCUGGCAGUGGGGAUCCCCAGCAGAGAUCAAGGCAGGAGGGGUAUGGGAAGAAGAUUGAUUGAUGUCAGACAAUCUUAGUUCCUUGACCAGCUUUGCCACUGGCUGGCUAGCUGUGGGACUUGAGGCUUGGCCCAUGGCCCUCUCUGAGGAUGUUUCCUCAUUUAUAAAAUGGGGAACCCUCUGGUUCCGGCAUUUAUAAUCAACUUAUACAGCCUCCACAUAGGAGCAAACCCAGAGGUCCUUAGGACCCUAAAUUCUCCCCCACCCCACUCUUCACCCCUGUGUCCCUGGGUCCAGAAACCCCCAGAAGGGCAAGAGCCAUUCCACAUUGCACUUUCUCUCAUAAGAAAACUGUGAAUUCUGUUUGCCAUCUUUCCCAAGUCUUUGUGCUCUCUUUCUCCUGGACACUUGGGAGUUGUUGAAAGUCGUCAUCCUUCAUAAAUAAGCUGCUGUUCCUGCUCCGUUCCCUCUGUGUCCCUCCCCCAAACCAUCCAUAGGACCCCCCCCCAUCCAUGCUGAGGUUCUGGCUGGGGGGGAGGAGAUGCGUGGGGGAUGGUGAGGAGAUGUGGGUCAGAUGCGCCGACUCAUCAUGCAGGUCAUGGUGAAAUCAAUGGCUGGUAUGUCAAGGCCGGGCCAUGCUAUAGACUGCCCGGCCGCAAGCCAGGACCCCAAAGAUGUAUAUUGUCCCUAUGGAUUUCACAAAGGGAAAAGGCUGGGGAGGAAAACAGUGUUUCAAUGCAGAAAUGUUUGUUACUUUGCUACAUACUCCAUAUUGACAAAUAAAAGAUUCACUAAGGUUGUUUUUC